CAUUUAUAUUACACACACUCUUCUCUUUGUUUUUUUCCUUUCUUUGUAAAAAAAACUUUCAAAUUCCCACAUAUUUUUCCAAGAAAAUUUGUGGGGUUUUCUUAAUUUGGUAGAAUAUUUGUGGGUUUUGUUCCAUUUUUGUUGAUUUUGUUAGUAGAGUGAGAUGGCAAGAAACGGUAUGUUUUCACGGCGGCGUAGGGCGGAGAAGGUGGAGGAGUACGAUGAGUUGUUGCCGUUAACAGAGGCUACUCAUGAAGUUCAUGUUCUUGCUGUUGAUGAUAGUCUUGUGGACAGAAUAGUCAUUGAACGUCUCCUCAAAAUUACAUCUUGUAAAGUGACUACUGUGGAUAGUGGGAUGAGAGCUUUGAAAUAUCUUGGAUUGGAUGAAGAAGAGAGUUCUGUUACUAUUGAUGAUUUGAAGGUGGAUCUGAUAAUUACAGAUUAUUGUAUGCCUGGAAUGACUGGUUAUGAUUUGCUCAAAAAGAUUAAGGGUUCAUCUUUUAGGGAAGUUCCAGUUGUAAUCAUGUCUUCUGAAAAUGUUUUGGCUAGAAUCGACAGAUGUCUGGAAGAAGGCGCUGAAGACUUCCUAUUGAAGCCAGUGAAAUUGGCUGAUGUAAAACGUUUGAAGAGUUGCAUGUUCAACGAGGAUCGAUUUAGGGGUGAAGAAAAAGGAAUGAACAAGAGAAAGUUGCCAGAAUCAUCGUCCGAUGAUUCAUCAACACCAACUCUUUCACCUUCACCAUCAUCACUUGACCUCUCAUCAACACCUUCACCACCAUCCACUUCCUCUCCAUCAUCCCCUAAAGCAUUCUCGUCAUCCCUCUCUACUGAUUCACCGACACAUUCCACUGAUUCCUCCAUGCCUUCUUCGCCAACAUCACCAACAAGACGACUCAAAAUGAUCAGCCAAGAGUUGUGACAACGGUAUAUAUACCAUUAUGUAUUUUACUUCCCUUUUUGCUACUUCCGGGGUUGUUUAAACCCCCCUCCAUUGUCGGGGCAUACAAUGUAGACAAGCCAAUUGCCCCUUACUAGCGAGGUUUUUUGUUGGCUUGUCACUUUUUUCGGACACAUAUCGAUCGAUGAUAUCGUUUAAUCACACAAGGCUUUACAAAGAUAUGUUCAAAUGAGUCUCUUAAGGAGAAAAGUUGAUUUUAGACUAUGCUAUGAAAUCAACAUUUUCUUGUAUUGGUGAAUUUUAUUUAAUGUGUUACUUUAUUAUAAUUUUACUGUUUGACAGUAGUAAUAUUAAUGUAUCCAAUUCAAUGACAGAUAGAGAUAAUGGGUGGAAUUGAAUAAUGAGAUAUGGAUUGAUAUGAUUCUGAUACGAUCUUAAUUAAAUGUCAAUUCUUGUCUGCUAAAAAGGAAUAUUGGAUUUUGAGUUGAAUUA